AUGAAAAUAUUCUUUUUCUUAUAUUGUUUCCUUGUAAUCACAACUUAUGCAUCUACAACAUCUCCACCCACAAAGGCAUCAUCCAAAGAUAAUAUUUCAGUAGGUCGAUCACAAGAUGUGAGAAUCGUAAAUGAUAUUAAAGAUCCAAUUGUCGUCCAUGUACGAUCAAAAAAUGAUGAUCUUGGAAAAACUACACUUGCAUAUAGAGCUGAAAAACGUGUGAAGUUCCAAGAAAAUCUGUUUGGGGGUACUCUAUUUCAUGCUGAUUUCUAUUGGAAAUCCAAGACUGCAGCCUUUGUCAUUUUUGAUCAAAAAAUACGUCACAGAUACUGUGAAGGAGGUGUGGAUAACAUGUGUAAGUGGUCCAUGCGAGAAGAUGGAUUCUACCUGUCAGGCAAUGGCAAGCCUAAUGACCCUGCAACCAAGUUACAUGAUUGGUCAUGA